AUGGCAAUCAGUCCAUUAACCGAAAGCAAUGCCUCUUGUUCCCCACCUUUUACCAGAGACUCCUCACCAUCUCCGUCAACAUCUCCUACGCCUGCACUAUCUGCCUGUCCACCGUUGAGUCGAUCUUUCUCCGCUAAUUCAUCAACCACUUCCUCGGUUUCUACGGGCUCUCAACCAUCCAUAACCUCUCGUUCUGUCUCUGCAUCUGGCGCUGUCCGCCAAAGAGGCUAUGUCCGGCCACAAGGUGUUUCAUUCGCCCCUUCGGCUGGGAACAGAGAUAGUGUUCUUAGCUUGGGCAGCAUUGCUCAUCUCCAAUAUUACUUCGCCCGCACUGGCUUAUUAGACGGCAAGGGAGGCCAAUUGGCAAAAGGAUCGAAAAACAAAAACGGCUUUGAGAAGCCAUUCACAAAUAUCCUUCCUAGGAUUCGUGCCAGCCCAGACUUAGGAGGAGACACAGACGGCAGCAAUGGCUCUUCUGAGGCAGCAGAUAAGGACCCAGGAGAACCACUCAUGCUGCCACCAACAGUCAGCACCUACAGUCACAGAGUCCAGUAUAUCCCUCCGCCACCAGAUUUAGAAACGCUCAGGCAUGAUCUCAAGACCACUCUGGCUGAUGCCAAAAAGGCGUUACAAGAAAUUCAAGAUCAAAAUCAGCAGGACCACGAACAACGAAAGCUGGAACCAGAAAGCGACUCUCCUGACGUAGACAACAAAAAUUACGUAUCAUCGUCGUUUUCACAGUCGUCAGGCUGGUAUGAGAUACAAGGUGUGCACAUAUUGGAUGUUGUCACCCUGGCGAUUCGCGCUGCGAAAAUCUACUACACUUCCCACGAAGACCCGCACCGACUGUACAGCAUCAAGUCGGAACGUCAGAUACGUGAAGAACUUCUUAGUGUUCUCGAUGUGCUGAAAAGGAUGGCUGGCCGAAAUUUUGCUGGUGGGAUGAGGGAGGAAGAACUGAGGAUUAUGAAGGAUUGGGUGGAAGGCAUAGAAGCCUUUCUAAGCAAAGAAGCAGCAAUGGACGAGCAGGAGAAAAAAACCCAAGACAGCUGGGCUUGGCUUGAAGGGUCCUGGCAGGGUCGAGAACGUGAAAGAGAGUGGCUUUUCUUAUGCUCGUUCCUACCUGAGGGCAGCCUACCCGAAUGGACAGCUUUUGAAGACUCUGCCCAGACACCUACUCCAUUCCUGGAAACAUUACGGAGCGGGCUGACCCUAGUUCAUCUGCACAAUGCUCUUUUGAAGAAAUCCAGGAGGCAAUUUGGCGACAUCAAAUCCUUCCAUACCGACACCGCCAAACCCUACCGCUGCUCUGAGAAUCUCCGCUAUUGGAUCAAAGCGGCCGAGAUCCGGUGGGAAACCAAGCUGAAAGUCAAUGUCUCGGGAGUGGUAAAUGCAAAGAGUGGGGCUUGGAUGGACUUUGAUACAGCCAUCCUUCAAUGGAGCAAAACAGUCAGGGAAGAGCUCACAAAAGAAUUCAAGGAAGAAACAAUACGGCCAAACCAGCAGACGAUGUUUCCCGUAGAUCAAAGAACUGGCAUGAAUGAGUGCAAUGAAUCAUGA